UCGCCUGCUCUCCAGGCACACAGAGAGGGAGGGAGGGAGGUAGGGUGUCAUGGUCAGAGGUAGACCGAGAAAAUGCUCAGUAGUGGUGUAGCUACAUUGGCAGUGGCGAGUAUGACAGCAGAUAAGUUUACUGGGUGAGCUAGGCUGGUUGGCAGCCGCUGUCGCAUUCUUGGAGAGACAAGGCAAACCGUUGGACGUCGAGAAGUCGUGGGACAGCUCGUUUUACUGGAGGAAUAACUGUGGACUCACACGGUCUUUGGAUACACACAAGCGACGGCGGCAGCAGCAGCAGGAGCAGCGCCAGUGAGUGUUUGGCGGCGGUCCCGCUGCUAGCGAAACAUGAAUAAAAACCACCGAGUGCCGAGCAACCGUUCACUGAGUGCCGUGGAGGUGAAGAGCAAGUUUGGUGCAGAGUUUCGUCGGUUCUCGCUGGAUCGGUCGAAGCCAGGUCGCUUUGAUGAGUUCUACGGCCUCUUGCAGCAUGUUCAUCGCAUCCCCAAUGUGGAGCUGCUGGUGGGGUACGCCGACGUGCACGGCGACUUGCUGCCCAUCAACAAUGACGACAACUACCACAAAGCCAUCUCCACCGCCAGCCCUCUACUCAGGCUAUUCCUGCAGAGGAAAGAAGAAGCCGAUUACACGACAUUUGGUACUGACUCACUGACCAGGAAGAAAAACACAGUGCUUUCGGCAGUUCUUCUGCGGCCUGACACCAACAGGAAAAAAACACCUGUGAUCAUCAGCCUCCCGAGGGACUUCCGCCCCGUCUCUUCCAUCAUAGACGUGGACAUCCUCCCUGAGACGCACCGACGUGUUCGCCUGUACAAGCAUGGCCAGGAAAAGCCUCUGGGCUUUUACAUCCGUGAUGGCUCCAGUGUACGGGUCACUCCGCAGGGCCUUGAGAAAGUCCCUGGGAUAUUUAUCUCUCGUAUGGUGCCCGGUGGGCUGGCAGAGAGCACAGGCCUGCUGGCCGUCAAUGAUGAGGUGCUGGAGGUGAAUGGUAUCGAGGUAGCAGGAAAGUCUCUGGACCAGGUGACAGACAUGAUGAUCGCCAACAGCCACAACCUUAUCAUCACCGUCAAGCCUGCCAACCAGCGGAACAAUGUUGUACGCAGUGGAGGCGGAGGAGGCAGUGGAGGAGGUGCAGGUGGUGGUGGCGGGGCCUCUGGCAGCUCAGGACGCUCAUCAGACAGUGGAGCCAGCUACUAUGGCUACUCAUCGCAGGGUGGGGUCGCCGCCGCAGUGUCCAUGCCAUCACACAUCAUCCAGAACUUCCCUGUGGGAGAGCUGGAGAGCGAUGAGGACGAUGAGGACCUGGUGAUUGAGGUGGGAGGUGAGACCGAACCCAUCAGACGCGCCCCCUCCAACUAUAGCAUGCCCACAUUGCCUCGCUAUGAACCGCAUCUCAACCUCCGCCCUGCCACCACCUCCACAUCCGCCCUCUCCAUCAACGCCAAUGGGACCCUGCCAGCCAGUGGCAGCAGUGGAUCACUAGGCAAUGCCAAUGCCACUUCAACCACACCGUCGCCAGACAGAGCAAUGGAGAGGCGGAGCCUAGAGGAGGAUGGCACAGUUAUAACUCUGUAGACUGCGCACUCACACUCUAAACACUGGAAACCAGAGAUGCUCAAAUACCUGUGGGAGUCAUGGGUCAAAAUAUCAAACAUCCUGUUGCAUCAUUCAGUGGCUGUACCGGAGAAGCACAAUGAAAUGUGUACAUAUUAAAUCUCAACAUGACAGAGGCAUAAAUGUUUGUACAUCCUAACCACUACACAUCAGAGAGUGCACCCCGUACUUGCUCCUUUAUAAUGCCAAUGACCAUGCAUGUGUGCCAUAGUGAUGACACCCUCCCUGGCUCUGCUAGCGCAAACAUGUCAGAAAAAGAAGUGUAGAAUAUUUGUUGGCCCCCAUACUCCAGUAUAUUUCUAAAUCACUUGAAGCACUUGUUUUCACCCCAGAGACUGUUGUUACAGUGAGUUUCCACUAGAGGGCACAUAUGAGAUGCCCCAUCCUCAUCAUAUCUUCUCAUCAGUCUCUUGAAUAGAUCCUGUGAUCCAGUUCAUUCCAUUACAAAAACACAGUGAAGCAGGAUUCUUAUUCAAACAUUUGUUGACAAUCCGUGGUUGUUUUCUGCCUUGUCAUUUGACACCCCACCCUCUGCACGGAGUGAUGACCUCCUCCCUUCCCCCAGGUGACCACAGCACGCAAUUGGUACAUAGUUAAGGUACUUUCCACAACAAUUGACCAAGUGCUGAGAUCUGCAAUAAUACUGUAGUUUUUAUGUAGGUGAAACCACCUAAAAAUGAUCCUGGGUUCUUUGUGUUGGCUUAGAUGCUUUUAACCACUGUCGUUAGCUGUUUUUCUCCACCUGCUGUGUUAAUGACUGACUGAUAAUGAAAGGUUGAUUUUCUUCAUCUGGAGCAAACUUGACUAUAAGGCUUGUUAAAUAUGUUUUUUUCUGUUUCUUUUUUUCGUAUCUCACAAGUAUGAGACUGUAUGACCAGUUUCCAUCUGACUUACUGGAAAGUGUGAGUCACUCCAGAAACACUCUCCUACCUGGGAAUGAGACAUCUCAGAAUUAAUUUCCUUCUCGUCUUUCCAUCAUAUUGCACUCCAUCCUUUCAUGACAAGGGCUAUUUCCCCUGCUGCGUGUGUACAGAUGUCAAAAUGUGAAUGUCAUUUAAUUAGUUGUGUUUCUUUGUUUUCUCCCUCUCCAUCCUGUCUGUACCUUAGCUCAACAUAUCUAAUCUCAGUGCUGUACAGUUUAUUCAUCUCAUGUUUUUAGCCAGGACCUGAGUGUCAGCACUCUGAUGUGUCCUGAGAUCUUCACAUAUGAAAAGCAGCCUCUCCAGUUCUUCUGCCAAUUCUUUUAAAAAUCUUAAAUGUAAAUGAACUCAAUUUUUGGUUCAUUAUGAGACAAUGUUAAGACAGCAGAAUUGAUCUAAAUGACUGAUCAAAUAGCUGGACUGUAACAUUAUCAGCAACCACAGAUGUGAGUUGAAAUGAGUGAUACAUGCAGUGAUAUCAGAGAAACUGCCAUUAUCUCAAAAUAUGUACAGGUUGGAUUGAGUCAUAUUUAAACAAACACACAUGCAGGUACACCCGGCAUAAUACUUUCUGUAUUUGAUAAAGGCGAGGUCCUGACUCUGCUCUGUAUCUGGUAUUUCCACUGAAGCUAUUGCUUUCCUUUGAACUGUUGUUAACAUACCUACAAUUAAUUUACUCUCAAAAAGAGACUUGAUUGACAGAUUAGGGCCAAGUUAAAAAACACCCUCCCUCACAGUUGUCAUCAGAAACAUUUUCAAGUCCAGAGCCCUCUGGGGCAAAUAUCUAGGAAACAUUAUGUAAUCAAGGCUGGAUAAAUACACUUGACCUUAAUUAAUUAGAGGGUUUUUUGGGAGUGGAGUUAUAAAUUGUACUGUGGGAUUUUCAGACUUCAAGGAAACAUGUAUCCAAAAAUGAAAAUUCAGUCUGUGUGUGGGAUGGAGUUUUCAUAGUCCAAAACAUUUAUGGACCGUCACAGUAAUACAUAGCUGCUAAGUGUUAGCAUUCACUCUGUCUGGAGUGGGUGGGUGAGGGUUAGGGAGGAGCUGAAUUUUGGUUGUUUUGUACUUAGAGAAAAAGAAGUCCCCCUCUACUUCAGUUUGUUCAAGAGUUUACUGCGAAACUCAUUUGCUGUGAAGCUCCAGAGAUGUUUUAUUGGCCUAUGAAAUGUCCCUCAACCUUUACUUGACAGGUGACUAGAUAAUGAAUUUUUAUUAUUUAAGUGAACUGUUCCUUGAACACCUAUUUAUCUGGUGGUGAAAAUCACUUAGAAAUGUGUUUUCCAGAUCACAUUUAAUGAAAGGUUCCCCACAGACAGAAGUCAUUAUCACACAGUUUUAGUUUCCUUAACAUUCAAUGCUGCUGCUAACUGCCUCCGCGACAUGAGAGCAGACACUUUAUUAUUUUUCUUAUUGAAUUUCAGCAUUAGUUCUUCUUUGAAAAGUGAUCAGUUGACUUUUGCAUGGAUUGUUUUUUAUCUCACUCACAAAAACAUGGUUCACACGCACUCACCCAGUAAUGUUUAUUGUAAUGGACCACAGUGCAUUAUUCAGAUCACCAUCACUCUAAUGUCCAUCAUUUGUUCAUUGUGAAGAGCCUAUCACAAAGUGAAUAACUGUGACUGGAAACCAGCACACAGGUCAUAUAUCGGCGCCCAUUGUUAUAUGUCAAGCUGUUUGUUUAAGGUACUGUCUUUUUGGCCUUUUAUGGUACACUGCUGGUGGGAUUCUGUCUUCUCUCAUUCCUGACAUCAAACAGUAAUGAAUGGUACUCUGAAUGGAAGACUGAAAAAUCAAUGUUAAUUUAUUUUCUUUGUUUCUACCUUUACCACAGGACACUGGGAUUGUAACCACAGCGACAUUGUUAUUUUAUUCUCUAAUCAUGCAAAUGCAUAUUUUCUUUCUUUGUACACAUUUUAUGACUUUAUUUUUUAUAACUGAUACGUUUUUGUUUAUUCCUGAUCGUUGUUUUGUUUAUAAAUUUCAUGUUAGAUGUUAUUACCCACUAGGAGAUGAAUUGAGAUGAUGAUUUUACUGCAACAGGAGAAUGCAUGUGCAGGACAUGACACUAUUAUUUUUUUUCCAUACUGUGAAUUAUCAAUAUUUUGCGGGAGAUAAACAGUUGUAUUAGCACAACCCCAGGCUACAUGUUUUGCUUUGUGUCUGUUUUUAAGUGAUCGAGCAAUGAUUUUUUCUUGCCAGAUAAAUUCUAAGGUAUAGAUUUGUAAUGAAGAUUGUCAGUAUUUUCAUAUCAAUGCUAUAUAUGAUGUACAUUUUUAUCACAUUUUAUGAAAAAUGUUUUAAGAUUCAACUGGAGAUGUAUGAAUACAUUAAUGUACCCCUGUAAUUGCUGAUUGGAGGAGCUGGAUAAAAUAAACUAAUAUGUAGCAACCUUCA